AUGAAAGGAAAGGCAUGGAAGUCCCUGUGUUUUCCAGGAAGUUCAGCAAGGCUUUCCGGUGGGGACACACCUGUUCCAAGUGCUGGAUGCCCAGGGCCUCUGCUGGCAGGGUCUUCACUGAACCCCAAACUGUACCUUUUCAAGCCAGCUCCAGAGAAAGGGCAACGGAAUGCUUCCCACCUUGGCACAGUGUUAGAAAGGAAAUGCAAGAUUCCCUCUGCCCAGAAUGUCCCACAAGAAGAUAAGAAUGAGGUAGCCCCAACUGAGCAUCCUCAGAGAGGAAGAGAAAUGGGGCACAGAUAA